ACUCUUUGUCAACACCAUCAAAUUUCACGAAAUUAUAUUUGAACAAGAAAAACAUAAUAAAUUCUUAUUGCCUAAGAAAAAUCCCCUCUCUCUGUCUCUUUCUAUACAUUUUUUGUUUUCAAAAUUUUUCCCUUUUAUUAAAUCUCAGAAGAUUGUUAACCAGAGUCAAUUGCCAUUUUUGGAUUUUGAGAGCUGAAAACAUGGGGUUCAAGGAUUUUCAACUCAAGAUAGCCAAGAAACUUCGGCUGAGAAACUUUCUGGCCAAAGAAGAAGGAUACAAGAAGAGAGAAACGAACAAUGGGAAGAGGCUUUCAUGGAUGAUGCCUAUAACUCAUGGAUAUUACGUGGCGGAGGAAAAGCCAUUAGGCGGCGGAGCACCGCCACAAACACCUCAAAAUAACCAAGUAGAGUGUGAUAAAGUGGUGGUGCAAAGGGAACAAGUAGAAGAACAAGAGUGGUGGUUUUAUGGAGUUUUUGAUACCCGAAUUGGUGGCGGAGUUACCAAGUACCUGCAGACUCAUUUGUUUGACGACAAUUUUAACGAGUCACAGAUGAGGAAGAAAAGCAAGGAAACCUUAAAAAAGGCACAUGUGCAUGCAAAAGCUAAGGUCAGGGAAACAGAACGACUAGAGAAGACAUGGAACAUGGGUUCAGCUUCAGCAAUAGUCAUCAAUGGAGAGAAGCUAAUACUUGCAAAUAUGGGUGAAUACAAAGUGGUGGUAUGCAAAGACGGCGAAGCUUUCGAAAUUAACAGAAGGCAACAGCAUACAACAAAGUCACAUUGGUCACAUAAAUUCUUCCCAGUUGUCGUCAAACGCUUACCUAAAAUAAGAAGCACAGCCUUGGAUUCUGGAAAGGGAGCUGCAGCUAAUAAGCCUUCUAAAAGCUCAGAACUUGUUGUUGGUUCUGAAAGAAUUGAUCGCGAUAUUGAAUUUGUUAUCUUAGCUAGUCCUGGCAUAUGGGAGGUAAUGAAGCAGCAAGAGGCAGUGAACUUGAUCAGGCAUUUGGAAGAUCCUCAAGAAGCUGCUGAAUGCUUAGCCAAAGAAGCUUUGACUAGAAGGAGCAAAAGCAAUGUUUCUUGCCUCAUCAUUAGAUUUGAAUAAUGCAGAAAUGAGAAAAACCUAAAAGACAUCCUUGUUUGUGUAGAAUAGAAACUACACCUUCAACUAAUAUACUUUGAUAUGAGUCAUUCCCAUUUACAGAACUGGGAAGUAACAUUCCAAUACAAGUUAGCUAAUAUUUUAGCAAACUGAGAUUGCUGUCAAGGGUCAAGCAACUCUUGUGUAAGGUCAAGCUAGGAUCUCAUAACUAGGUGUGGCUAUAUCAAGAAAAAGAAUUUCAGUAUUGCUGCG